GAAAGCGAUCGGCACGCAGAUUUUUUGGCUUGAUUUUCGAUAGUGAUUUUCGACAUUACUUACACGUUUGAUCUUACAACCUUCUUCUGAUUUAGAGAAGUUCAUGGAAACUCAGGCACCUGAGAUAAAGAUGGACGUGAAGACCUUACUGGAGACCACCACCUCUUUCAGGGUCUCUGAGCUAAGGGAGCUUGAGGAGUACUUCUUUGUUCUUGAGAAAAACAGGAGAAACCUCCAGUAUCUCCUGCAAGAGCAGAAGGAAGACCAUGAAAUGGCACUGAAAACCCAGGAGAGGAAAAGGAUCCAGGAGAGAAUGGAGUGGGAGAGGCAGAUGAGGAAGAGAGAGGAGACUCUGCAAUCUGCGUUUAUGUCUGUGGCUAUCAGCAGACAAAAGAUGAUGAAAGACCUGAUGGCCAGAAUGAGUACCACCAGUCUCAAAUACAUGGACGAAACCAGUGGGUCUGGAUACAUUAUCACCUCUCCUGUUGUUCCUCAGGUUUUCUCACGCAGGGUGCCAUACACCUGGGAGGAACAGCCAGAAAACAACCCAGAAAAUGGUGGUUCCUCUUAUGCUGCUCCUGUCAUGCUGCUUCUGAGGAUGCAAACAGCAGCAGUGCGACAGCAGACAAGAAAAUGGCAGAUCUGCAGCUGAUCGCAAAGCUGGAGGAGCGUGUCAGAAAGGCUGAAACGAAAAAGCAGCAAAAAGCCCUUAAGAAGGCAGAAGAGCAGGCAAAGAAGGCCGAGAAGAAAGCGAUAAAGGCUGAGAAGAAGAGAGCCAAGAAAGAGGGAAAGAGAGCAGGGAAUAAGGAUGAUGAAGUCAAGGGAAACAGUUCAAAACAGUUUCUGUCUUCAGUUACAAAAGAAUGAUGUGACAAAACAUUUUUUUUUUUUACA